GCUUUGCAGAUGAGAGUUGUGCCAAACAGCAGCAGGCAUGAGUGCAGAUGCAGUUUUCCCUCUUCUGAACCAGUCCACCACCGUUGACUAUAGCGGGAAGGUCCCCGUGGAGCACCUGGACUAUGAUUACAUUGAAAAAUGCACAAAUGUAAAAUACCUGGAGAAGAUCUUGAGAGUACUGAGGUCUGGUGACGAGGGCAUUUAUCCUCAUCUGAUCAAGUUCUGUGAGAGUCACUUGGAGAAACUGGACCCUGGGAGCCGAGCUCUCAGGAAGGAAAACCCUGUGGCCACAGCAGCAAGCCUCCCUAAAGAUGAGUGGAGCCAAAUUGUUGAUGAGUUGAAGACGUGGCAAGAAGAAACCGAAAAGACUGAGACUUCACUAAAACAGCAGUCAGUGUUUGAUGGUGUAGUGAAAGAAAAUGUGCCACCUAUAAGAGGUUCCAAUUGCUCCGUUCCACUUACUCAGACUUCAGUUCCAAAAGAAAAGAGGAAUUCUUCAAAACAUACUCUCCCACGUGAUUAUCGAGAAUGGGACAAGUUGGAUGUGGAAAAAGAAUGCGAAAGAAUCGACGUAAAUGUGGACAAAAAGGAUCCACCCGUCAUUAUAAACACAGGACCCCCGAACAUCAAGACUAAAGUGGAUGCUUCAUUGCUGACACAACAGGAGAAGCUCCUUCUGGCAAACCGGGAAAAGGACAAAGGCAAUGAAGCUUUCAGGGCAAACGAUUAUGAGGAGGCAGUUGCAUACUAUUGCAGGAGCCUUUCCAUUAUACCAACCGUUGCUGCGUACAACAACAGAGCCCAGGCAGAGAUCAACCUCAAGCACUGGCACAAUGCCAUGGGAGACUGCCAGAGGGUGCUCGAGCUGGAACCAGGCAAUAUGAAAGCCCUGCUCCGGCGUGCUACUGUUUAUCAUCACAUGGGCAACUUCCAAAUGGCUGCUGAAGACUUGAGGAUGGUGCUUAGGGAAGAGCCACAGAAUGCUGCAGCCACUAAACUUCUGUCUUCAACUGAGAAGAAGAUGAAGGAGCAUCCAGAGCAGCAACGCAAAGGCAAGAAAAUCCUCAUCCAAGAGGUAGAUGAGGAAGAUGACAACAGCUACAAUGACACGAAAGCAGAACAGGCUGCUUGUCCGGUUGAACCCAGCCAGCCUGUGGGAGGGGAGGAGUGCUCAGCUGCUCCUGCCGAAAGGGGAGACAUGGGUAACGCACAAAAAAAGCCCCACGGCAGAGGGGACGGGGGUCCACACAGUGAGUUCAACAACUCCCACCAUGGACACUGGAGGAGCAAAGGAGGCAGCUCUGACAAGUACAAAGUCACGCAGGAGUCCAAGGAAAAGGUAGCCAAUGGAACGAGCAAGAGGGGUUCGACAGCGUCAGUCCAGGCUGAUCAGAGCGGCGGCGGUAAAGGGACUUCGGCUGGAGGAAACGCAGGGGAAACUGUCAACCUUGAUGCCCCAUGUGGAGCCCUGCCCCCACCUCUGUCCCGACUAAAGAAUGAAGGAAACCUGCUGUUUAAAAACGGACAGUUUGCCGAUGCACUGGAGAAAUACUCACAAGCCAUUCAAGGCUACACAGAUUCAGGGAUUGAUAGUCCAGAGGAUCUAAGUAUUCUGUAUUCUAACAGAGCAGCUUGCUACCUGAAAGAUGGCAACAGUCAAGACUGCAUACAGGACUGCACGAGAGCCCUGGAGCUGCAGCCGUUCUCCCUCAAGCCCCUCCUGCGCCGGGCCAUGGCUUAUGAGUCUUUGGAGCGCUACCGUCAGGCCUACGUGGAUUACAAGACCGUCCUGCAGAUAGACAUCAGUGUGCAGGCAGCACACGACAGCGUCAACAGGAUCACCCGGCUGCUGAUCGAGCAGGACGGUACAGAGUGGAGGGAGAAACUUCCGGACAUUCCCCUGGUGCCGCUGUCAGCUCAGCAGCACCGCAGAGAGGAGCCACUCAGCGCAGAGGUCCUCCAGGCUCGGGCAGAGAAGGCGGCCAGGGAUGCAGAAAGGAAAGCAGAAGUCCGUUUUACAGCUUUGAAGCAAGAAGGGAACGAAUUUGUGAAGAAGGGCCAAUACCAGGAUGGACUUGGAAAGUACACUGAAUGCCUUAAGCUAAAGCCAGAAGAGUGUGCAAUCUACACCAACAGAGCCCUGUGCUACUUGAAGCUGGAGAGGUUUACUGAGGCCAAGCAGGACUGUGAUGCAGCACUGAAACUGGAGCCAACCAAUAAGAAGGCCUUUUACAGACGAGCAAUGGCCAAUAAAGGCCUCAAGGACUACCUGGCGUGCAGCUCUGACCUGCAGGAGGUACUGCAGCAGGAUCCCAACGUGCAGGAGGCUGAGAAGGAGCUGGAGGAGGUCACAGUGCUGCUCAGACAGAGUCUGUCCAACGCUUCACCAACCAAACCCAGAAAGACAGUCCCCAUCACAGAGGUCGAGGGUGACGAGGAAACGUCAGCCGUCCGUAACUCAGACAGCAGCUGCAGAGGAGAGGACGUCAGCAUCAACCUCCAGCCGACCGAUGCCUACGAGUUCGGCCAGGCCCUGAACGCAGCUCGCUGCAGCGGGAACGCAGCGGCCUGCGCUGACCUGCUGGCUUCCACAACCCCGGAGAGGCUUCCCCAGCUCCUCAGCACCCAGCUGGAUGGACACAACAUCAGCUUCAUCAUGCAGGCUCUGGACUCCCACCUCCUGGAGAAAGACCCCAACCUGGUCUACCAACACCUCAACCAUCUGCACACUGCCCAAAGGUUCUCGGUUGUCCUGAUGUUGCUGGAGAAGGAGGAGCGUCGCCACAUGACUCAGCUGUUUGAGCAUCUGUCGGCCGUGGAGAGCGCCGAGUUCACUAAGAACGAUGUUCAGAACCUGGCCAACAAAUACAUCUGAGCCUCCUGCCCCUGCUCUCUCUGCAUGAGCUGCUGCACCACUACAACUCUUGGAUCUAUGCAAAACACUGCACAAGGACUGAGUACACAAAGGCAGGAAGCUGCAGAACGUGCCCCGGAGCGAUGCAGUGGAACGGAGUCACAUUCACUCUACUGGUCCGUGCUGUAAAAUGAUCUGAUCACUGUAUGUUUGAGUGACGGUUUAAGGAAUAUAUUUUUCUCUCCAGAACAUUUUGCUAUGCAGAUUUACUUUUGUACCACCACUAACCAUUUGCAUUGUACAGCGGGCAGACAGGGGGACACUGUGGACCUUUUCUAGUGUAUUGAUAAAUAGGGUCCAAUGUACAAUGUUAUGUAAGGCUACAGGCAAGUGUUUUCCCUACAGGCAGUUGAGUUUGCUCAGGACAGGCUCAGCUGUUUCUGGUUCUUGAACCCGUUUGGUCUUUUGAUAUCAGUUAUUUGAUAAACGAGCUUCAGUCAGACACAGAAAUGAUAUUCAGUGCAUUCAGUGUAGCAUUGCUACCGAGCUAAUUAAAAUGUUUCUGAGUUUUGAGUCAUAUUAUGAUCAUCUGUACUGUAUUAUCUCUGUGGAAGAAAAGGGCCUGCGUGAUACCUUACUGCUGCUGUGUGCGGUAUGACGACAGUCUGCGUUGAACUGAUAUCUACUGACUAUGUUGUAGGAGAAAAUACCUUUGUAACCUUACAUGACUCAGACGCGCUGUUGUUUAUCCAGCUAUGCAAUUAGCAGAUCUGAGUUCUAACGUAAAAUCACUCUUAAAGGCUGGUUGGUGUUUGUGUCUUCUCCAUAAGGACAUGAAGUUGCUCAACCUGUUUGUUUACCAAAUUAGCCAGCGCACAGCUGCAUAUCCAUCUUCACAGCAGUUCAGCCAUGCAGAUGUGUACACAGUGGAGAGAAGCAGCAUCUUUACGAGAUGUGUGCCUUGGAUUUCAGACUAGGGGUCGACUUACAUUUUGGUGAGUGUGCAGAUACUCCUAAACAGAGAGAGUAUAUUUAUGUCAUUCAGUAGCUUUUAUCAAAAUGUUAAAUGGCUUGGAUUUAUGCAUCAUAAACCAUACAUAUACUCACUUAGCUACAUGCACGUAAUUGUUUAAAAUGUCACUUAUUUACUAAUUUAAAGACAUUCUGUCCUUGUUAAGUCAUUAACUACUGAAUAUUCCAGUCAUCCAAAAUUGAAGCCUGAAUCCAAACCAUUCUUUGUUUUAAAGUGUUUUAUCAAUUCUACAUGAAUGUACCAAAUUUAGUUCAGGGUGACGCAGGGCGAGAGGCAAUAAUUUCACAGCGUCUCUUCACUGUGGUUUUAACAUAUUUCAGUAGAGAUGUAUAAUAUUCACAGAGGGCUAUUCAAUAAACUGGAAAAUGUAAAGGUUUUCUUCUCUGUGCAAAGAUGAAAUGAAAUAGUUGAAUAAAAAUAAAAGUGGAAUACCCUAA